AUGAGCCAGUCCGCCACCAGUCAAGCGCACGGCCCCGAGCGAAGCGCCAAAGAUGAAGAGAUUCGAUGGCUGAACGACAAGGUCCGGGAGUUGACGGAAGCACGGGAUCGCCUGGGGCAGGAUAACAGAGAUCUCCUCUCUUUGGUACGGACCCAGUCGCAGACAAUUCAGUCCAUUCAGAGACGCAGGAAUGAGGCGCAUGGUCCACGCCGGGAGCUUGGUGCUCGCUCGUUGAAGCGUCAAGCCACUCAGCAAUUGCAAGACGAGAGGCUCAGCGCUCUACAGGCCGAGGUCCAGAAGCAGUGCAAGCUGAGGCGCGAAGCCGUUGUUGCCGCCGAAUUUGCCAGGGAACAGAUCCAGGACCUGGAAACGGACGCUGAGGCGCACGUCGCAGUUCGUGACAAGCUUGUGGAAACGGAGCAGGCGCGUGAUCUUGCCCUCGCAAGAGUCGCGGAGCUGGAGCGUCUCCAGGAGACGCCAGUGUGGCCGGGAGGGUCCAAUGAGCUCUCCGCGUUUUAUGCUAAGUUGGCUCAGGACUGUGAUGGCCUUAUCACGCAACCUGUCGCGCCCAUUGAGGGAUAUGGAGGCUUGUGUUAUCUCGCCUCUUUGCUUGCGGACCCGGUAUCGGUCCGGAACCUCAAGGCCUUGGCGCAAAGCCCUACGGACUCGACACCCCGAUGCCUCCAGGAUGUGUGCGACAAUGGCAAUAUUAUGAGGCAUCUGGUGGAUGGGAGGUGCCCUAUACAUCAUCGCUCGACCUGCUACAAGGUCUCUGUUGUGAGAAACCCUGGAGAUGGCACUGGGAAACUCGUCUUUGAGCCGUAG